ACGUAUAUUCAAAACAAAAUCAUUGCUCCGAACAAUGAAUUAAAUUUCCAAUUAAUUACUGUAGAACAAUGAAUAAUGCAGACUAAACAAUUUUGAAAAAUGUUAACAAUACAAUUCGGUCAGUGUGGAAACCAGUUGGGACACGAAUUAUUUACAAAAAUAGCAAAAGACAUAGAAUCGAAGAAUCCUGGUUCAUCUUACGAGGCCAAUUACGACUACUGCGAGGCAACUUGUGAAAAAUGGUUUUCGGGUAUAGCAAAAGAUGGGAAUAGAAUAACACGUGCUGUGCUCGUAGAUACGGAACGAAAAGUUUUGGACAAAAUACGAGACAAAGAGCAAACCAAUUGUCACUGGCGGUAUUCGAGAAAAAAUGAGAUUUAUCAAGCCGGAGGCGAAGGUUCAGGAAAUAAUUGGUCGUAUGGGUAUUUCGUGAAAGCGAAACAACUGGAGGCUGAGAUAAUCGAAGCCGUGAGAAGAGAGUGCGAAAGGUCUGACCACCUGAACGGUUUCCUCGGGUUGUUGGGAUCUGCUGGUGGAACCGGUUCGGGAGUUGCUAGUCGAGUAAUAGAAUUACUUCGAGACGAAUACCCCACGAAAACGACUCUGGGAAUUCUCGUGCUUCCCUUUCCGAACGGAGAAGUUGGCGUUCAAAACUACAACGGUUUGUUGACACUGGGAAAAUUUGUGGAUUUCGCUGACGGAAUAAUUCUCUUGGAAAACGAUCGAAUGCUUCGAAUUUGCACGAAAUCUGCCAAUCAGAGAAUCAGAACUGAAACAAGAUUCCUGCAAGAUAUCAACGAAGUGGCGUGCGAAAAAAUCUUGGCAGUUUUUCAGCCAACUACAGGAGUCAGAAACGAAGCGAAUUACUUUGUCAACAGAAUGGCUGCUCAUCCUGCAUACAAAAUUUCAACUGUCAAGUCAACUCCACCCUUGAAAUUUUCAACAAAACACGCAGAAAACGUCGUCAACGUUUGCGACACUGAGCCCACGAGCUGGGAAGCUCACGUUAAACAAUUAAAGCACACGUUGAGAAUCAUUGGCGCUUCGCAUAAUUUUGAGGUUAUAUCCGACGUCGGUAACACCAAAAUCGCCAUGAAAGGAAGCGCCACAGAAAGCAGUCAUCAUGUUUACAGACGCGCAGUCGCUAAUAUGUUAAUAACACGGGGGAAUUCAAAAAACAAAAACUCUUCCUAUAAAAACCACGAGGAUCCAACAGUGAGCCGUGCUCAACUGAUGGAAGACACACUUUACACACCUUGGUCACCGAAACAUCAAAGGCUUACGCAUCUACACGAAAAACGACGAUUUCUCGAGCGAGAAAAGUUUGUCGCUCUCGUUACAAACAACUCACAAAUCUGCGAAACCCUCGAUGGGCUUGUUGAGAAAGCCUGGAAUUGUUAUACUCACGCAGCGUUCCUUCACAAAUAUAAACAGUACGGGCUUGAGGAUGACGAUUUCUUAAGGGCUUUUGCCAAAGUAGAAAAUGUCAUAAAGCUUUAUGGUGAAUUAGACCGACUGUAAUAUUGUGUAAAUCCGUUUAACAUUGUAUCGAUUUAAAAUUAUUUUUUACCAAUUGUAUCAUUGAUAGUUGAAAUAAACGAGAAUGUGCGUUGCUGAGUUUGAGUUCUCCGGAAUCGAUUAAAAGCGUCAAGCAUCGCGAGACGAAGUUUUAGUCGAGUUGAAAAAAUCAGAUAUCAAAUUCACCAAAAAUCCUUGGGAGGAAAUUCCAAGAUAUUCGCAUCAUUUUGGCAAUUUGUGAGAAAUUUUUUAUUCAGGAAUUAAUGACAAUUUCUGAUUGUGAAAAUUUCUUCCCAUUCGAUAAAUCCUGUUGAAAAAAUGUUGGAACAGAAAAAAGUUUUGUGAAUAAAAUAAAUGCGAAAGUAACUCUGUCUAUCUGUGAGCUCUUGACGCUUCUGAACCGACUUGGAUGAAAUUUCGUACGAAAAUAGUUUGAGUUCCGGUCCGGAGAAGGGCAUGAAAAGUUUUUUUCACCGAAAUCAUCUCUUUUUCAUGUGAAAAGAAGCUUUGAAGAUUAUACAGGGAGUCGAUUAUUCUUUGAGUGAGGAAUAUAAAACUCAUUUUAAUUUGACGUUUCGUACUACGCAGACGAAGCUAGUAAAAAGCAUUUCUUAAAAUUCCGAUUCACUACUCAACUCUGAUAAUAGAAAAGUCUAGAAAUCGUCAACAGGACUCGUACUAAUUUUAUUUUAUAAAUUCAGGUGACAUAUUGUAAAACAACACAAUUUUUCAAUAUGUGAAGUUCUCAUAUUUGAAAAUAAUUCUACAUUCUGAUCUCAUCGAAUUUCUACAGAAUUUAGAUUGUUUUUCACAUAAUGGCGAAAAAACACAAUCGUGGCUCGUGCGACUAAUCACUUUAGGGUUAAAAGGCCUUUGAAGCGGACUUUUUGUUUCGGGAAAUAUCAACACUGACGAAAUGAUGGAAUAAAAAAAACUUUUUUUCAACCACCCUGGCUAAUAAUCGAGCCGGAGAACAACACUGAUAAGCGUUCUUCCGCGAAGCUUUCCCAAGGUCACGAAGCUCAAAGCACGUUCAGUCAGAAACAAUAUUUCCGAAAUGGCACGUUUCUACCGAUCGGUAUUCGUAUUCUAACUCAUUAUAUUAUUGUCGAUAAAAAUCUACGGAGUGAAAAUGAAACAUCUCUUGUACACCAAAAGUCUUUUGAUCAAAAAGAUCCUAUUGCCGCAGCCGAAAGUUGGUUAAAAAUAUCUCCGCUCGUCAUGAAACGCAUGGCAAACGGUCGAUCACAGAUAUCGACACCGAUGGAAAAGCUGAAAGAGCCGGAGAAGUCGAAAGCUACGAAGAAAGAGGAGAAAGAGGCGAGAGAGCUGGAGGUGGAAGAAGCGAAAGAGCGGUCAGAGAGAAUACGUGAGAUAAUAACAAUAAUCCUGGUGGUCAUCGUGUUCAUCGUGUUGCUGGUAGUGGGAAUAAGGAUAAUGAAUAAGAAAACGCCGUCCUAUGACUAGUCAAGUUUGCAAUUACUUUGUGUUGAUUAAUUUUAAGUAUAAAUUAUAAACAAAAUUAAUAAACACUUACAUUAAGAGUAUUUUUAUCAUAAGAAUGUAAUAAAAUGCUUUUAAAAUAUCAUAAAAGAUCAAAUUUAUACUUCAACUUGACUCGUUUAAGAUUGAGUCGAUACCGGUGACACUUGAAUAAAUCCACAUAACCUAGGGAACAUUUUCAUUGUGCGAAAGAAAAUUUAUAUCGGUGUAAUGGCACCGAGAAAAAAGAAUGGUCAAUUCAUUAAAAAAAAAAGCGAAGCUACUGGACGAAUGGAAGCACGUGAGUCAGCCUCGAAAAUAAAUUUGAUGAAAUUCCCGCGAUUCCCCUGAAUUUGCCCGAACUUCGUUCAGCUGUUACCAGCAAUCGAACGUAACGACUGACAUCCGCUUUCGACUCUUCAAUAACUAAAUUUUUUAAAGGAACGGAAUUUGUGAUAAGUUUUCUUCACGAUAUAAACUUUUCCGAACUUCCAACACCGUACAAUUUUUCACAAUUAAUAUUAUUGUGAGUUAUCCCAUAAGAUACCGUGUUAAAAAGUCAAAAUUGUAAAUGAAAUCAUUCUAAAUUUAGCCCUGCGAGAGGCCCCGGCGCCGUGCUUAUCGCUAUUAAGGGACCUUAAAAUUAAUCUAUCAUUUACCGUAAAAAAAGUAGACCUUCGUCGUACUUUAUCAAAUGGCUUUGGAAAGCUUUGGAAAGUCUGACAAACUGGAGAUUAAUC